AUGGGUCUCGUGGCUCUAAUCGGACCAAGAAAAUUGCCGACGAAGUACAUGGACAAAAUUCAGGAGAUGCACGGUCGGGAUAUGACGCUCGUGGUGGAGAAGACUCUUACUGCCACGGACAUGAGCCGAGGCCAAAGUAGGCUCUCUAUACCCAACAACCAGAUAAGGCAAAGUUUCCUGAGCGAAGAAGAGAUCCGAAUCCUAGAUAGGAAGGAGGGCAUUAAGGUUUCCCUCAUUGAGCCGUGCCUCGAAGUUUCUCACAGGUUGCAACUGAAGAGGUGGAAUUACAAGAGCAGAAAUUUUUCUUACGUGUUGACGGAGAGGUGGAAUGGAGUCGCGCAUCCUUAUGCGCGGAAUGAACUCAUGAAGGAUGUUGUCAUUCAGCUUUGGUCCUUCAGGGUGGAUGGCAGCCUUUGGUUUUGCCUCAAGAAAGUUGAAGACCAUCAAGGCAAUGGAUACCAUGGCUGUGAUCUUCCUCCUAUUUCGUGA